AUGUUCCUAGACGCCAUCCAGCAGUCCCCCGGCCUGAGAACCCUCGCCCCGCCGUUCCACCAGCAGACCCAACCCGACGCCGACGCCGACGCCGACGCCGACGCCUACGCCUACGCGGACUCGGCCCUGAUCCCCAGCUGGGGCCGCUACUACCGGGCCCGCCGCAGGGCGAGCGAGCACCUGAUCCACGGCCUGACGCACAAGCCGAGCUCCUCGCGCGCGGGCGUCCUCCUCACCGACUUUGCCAUCGGCGCCGCCAUCGGGGCCGUGGCCGCCGUCGCCGCGGUCGCAGUCAUAGCGUGCGCCAUCGCCGUCGCCGCCGGCCUGACGCUCGACGUCGUCUCCGGGGUCGUCAUCGACGCGGCGAUACGCGUCGCCGUCGUGUGCAUGAGGGGCGGCGCGAGGCUCGCGGCCAGCUUUGUGGCCAGCCUCCUGGCUGGCGCGGCGAGGGUGCGGAAGGUGUAUGCCUCGCGCGGGCAGAAGCAAACAAUCGAGACCAGCGCCGUGGUCCUCCCCGCCCGGAGCACCACGCCGCCGCGGCGGAGCUUCGCGCCGUGGUAUGUAUUUGGGAGCACGCAGGCCAGGCAGCCGAGCACUGGGCUGAGGCCGCUGAGGCUGGCGGCCUCGGCCGGGGUGCGCCUGGGCGGCGGCUCGCCUGCGGCGCAGCGGUACUCGGACUGGAAGAAGGACAAGGGCGUGAGCGUGUUUGCUACGAUUGCCCUGGAGCAGUGGAAGCAGAGGGUCACCAGCAGGAUUAGGAGGCGGAGCUGA